AUGGAUGAUUCAUCUUUGGUCAAAAGGGUGCCCAAGAAGUCAUAUGCUUGGGCCAACAUCUUAACCGGAGUAGGGCAGGUUUUUGAAAGUAAAAUCGAUUGUCGUGAUACUGUUAAGAAGUAUGAAUAUCAUAGUGGUUACAAACUUGACGUACGUAAGAGUGAAAAAAAACGCUACACUGUGCAGUGUAUGAGCAAGGCAAGUCAAAAUUGUAGCUGGACGUUUUAUGCAUCUCUCGUUGCCAAUACUAAAGGUAUGUUUCAGUGCAAGACGUUUCACGGAGAGCAUGCAUGUGAUUUAGCUUCUUCUGAUCCAGCAAAAGUCAGGAUAACAAAGUCUUUUCUGAAGGAUAUUUUAAUAGAUGAAUUUCGAGCAUCAAAGAAGAAGAAGACUGCAGCUGAUGUCCAAGAUCUUCUGCAUCUAGAAUAUGGUAUUGAUCUCACAUAUAGUCAGGCAUACCAUGGUUUACAGUUCAUUAAAGAGUCUCUUUGGGGUGACGAUAUCAAGUCCUAUUCAGACUUUGUUUGGUAUAAAGAAUCAAUUGAACGUUAUAAUCCUGGAAGCGUCGUGAAGUUUGAGUAUGAUGGUGUAACGAAGCAGUUCCAGAGGUUUUUUGUUGCUUUGGAAGCUUCCAUUACUGGUUUCAAUAAAAACUGUCGUCCGAUGUUAUUUAUUGAUUGCACUUUUCUCACUGGGAAGUUUAAGGGAGGUCUUAUGGUUGCUUGCGGGAAAACUGGUAACCAAGAUAUCUAUCCAGUGGCUUUUGGUAUUGUACCUUGCGAAAAUUGUGAGAGUUGGGAAUGGUUCUUAACCAACUUGAAGGGUAUUAUCAGGGAAGACCGUCCAUUGACCAUCAUAUCAGACCGUGGAGUUGUCCUUCUGAAACAUGUCCCUGUGAUCUUCCCAAAUGCUUACCAUUCUUACUGUUUGUACCACAUGAAAGGGAAUAUUCCGGUUCCAAAGGGAAAGAGCAGGAUAACUGCUGUGAAGUUGUUUGAAGAGUGCUACGCUGCGUAA